AUGCCACAAGUUACCUCCCAUUGGUGGCAACAAGAACCAUCAUUACUUGGCAUUGGAACUACCAAAUUGCAUGCCACAAGUUACCUCCCAUUGGUGGCAGCCACCCCCACCCUAUCCUACCCCAAAUUUUCGUGCAUAGCCUCCCCAAAAACAAGAGUGGCUACAAACUUCUCCCAUUCCAUCCAUUUUCACUCCAAGAAAGUGCUCUCACUCUCUUCUUCCCUCUCCAUUUUCGUCCCUCCACAUCUCCCCCACUCCCAAGACUCUUCUCCCACCACUAUCACACUCCAUAGAAGCCCUUUAAGCCCCAAGAGAAGUAUCAAAGCAAGGGAGAGCGUGGGAAACCUAGGGCGUAAAGUUGGGGUGAAGAUUGUGCUUCGAGGGAAUUGGUUCACAGGACGGUACCACCGCUUAAGAUCACCUCUCUUCCACACCGAGGAUCAGGUUGAGCAGUGGCUGAUGGAAAUGAAGUGAAGAGCGGAGCUUUUGUCAUAGGUUAAAUGAAUGAACUCUUGGAUACAUGUCUUCAUACAUGUAAUCAGAUUAUGUUAUUCCGCUGCGUACUCUUAGGUUUUAUGUUCUUUCAGUUAAGCCGGUUUAUCUGAACCUACAAGUCUGUCGAGUCUUGUGACUAAACAUCAGGUGUAUUAUAAAUUUUCCCUUCUUUAAACAAAUUUUAGUUCCAUCUUC